ACACCAAAAGAAGAUUUUAUGGAACUUUCAAGACAAGUGGUGGAGUAUGCCGGCGGACUCCCUUUAGCUCUUAAAGUUUUGGGUUCUUCUGUUUACGGACGAAAUAAAGGGCUAUGGAGAGACAUAAUUGAUAGACUGAAGGAGAUUCCUAAUGAUGACGUUCUAGGAAAACUUAAGAUUGGUCUUGAUGGAUUGAAAAAAGACGAGAUGAGGAUAUUUCUAGAUAUCGCAUGCUUGUACAACAAUAGACCAGUAUAUUAUGUGGAACAAAUACUUAAGAGUUGUGGUAUUCACAUGGUAGGAAUAAGCCGCCUCAUCGAAAAAUCUCUCUUAUCCGUCAGUAGCUAUGAGUACAACUACUUUAAGAUGCAUAAUUUGAUAAGAGAAAUGGGUGAAAAUGUGUUGAGAGAAGAGUACAGAAACAGCAGAAUAUGGCUUCCUAAGGAGGUUCAUGACCUUUUCACUGGAAAGUUGAAAACAAAAAAGGUGGAAAGCCUACGGAUCCCAAGAGGUUAUCAUUUUAAAGUUGAUCAUGUAAAUCAUAGCGAGGUAUUCAAGAAAAUGAAAAGCUUACAGGUUCUGAUAUUUGAUAAUCAAACCAUUUGCUCGAAAAGCAUUAUCACUUGUCUUCCUUCUAGCCUGCGGUGGAUUGAAUGGCCGGACUACCCUUCAAGUUCAUUGCCGGAGGGGUUUGACCCAUCACACCUCGUUGGGCUUUGUUUAUAUAGAAGUCGUUUUGUUGAACUUUGGCCAAUACGAAAGAAAUUGAGCAACUUGAAGCAUUUGGAUCUCGGGGGCAGCCUCGAGUUAACGAAAACACCGAAUUUUGGUGAUAUGCCAAUCUUGGAGACGCUAAAUUUAUUUUACUGCAAGAAUUUGGAAGAGGUUCAUCCCUCUCUUGGACAUUGCAAAAUGCUUACUUGUUUGAAUUUGAAUGGUUGUGUCAAACUUAAGAAGCUUCCAAAAUUUGUUGCCAUGGAAUCUCUUGAGACUCUCUUACUUGACGAAUGCACAAGCUUAGAAGAAUUUCCAGAUAUCUGUGGAGAUAUGCCGCGCUUAUCAAAACUGGUUGUAGGAUCCCCCCGGAUAAGAAGCUUAACCCCAUCUCUCAGCAGCGCCGCCCUUAAUUUUAUGGAAUUGAGAGGUUGCAAUAAACUUGCAACGCUGCCAAACAGCGUCUUUGAAUCACAACAACUAGAACAUCUUUCUAUAAUUCGAUGUUCUGGAUUGGUAGAGAUUCCAACAUCUCUCGGAGUUCAAAAGAAGCUCUUUCGGUUAGCGAUAGAUGGAUGUGAGAACUUAAAGACGCUUCCGAGCUACAUUCAGAUGGAAUCCCUUCAACUGAUCGAUCUAACUAAUUGCCCAAAAGUAGAUACAUUUCCAGAAAUCAAUGGAGAUAUGCAUUGCUUGGAAUGCCUGACUCUGAGUUCUACUGGGAUAAGAGAACUGCCUUCGUCCAUUGGGAAUCUGAGCGGCCUCUAUGACCUCAAUCUGAAUGGUUGUGAAGAUCUUGUAAGUCUACCAAACAGCCUUUGUAAUUUGAUGAAUCUUCAGUAUCUUCAUCUUGAUGGAUGCAAGAAGCUAGAGAAGCUUCCAGAAAACAUUGGUAAUCUGCAAGAGUUAGGGAUACUUGACGCGACAGAAACUGCAAUCUCCCAACCACCUACCUCCAUCACCAAGCUUGGCAAACUGACGGAUUUAAGAUUCUCACGAUCUCAUGUUUUACAACAUGUGCUGCAUUCGUCAAGUUUCAUCUUGCCUGAACUAUCAGGUUUAUCCUCCUUGACGGAUCUUCAACUCAGUAAUCUCAAUAUUUUGGGUGGACUUCCUGAGGAAUUAGGUUCUUUGCUAUUUCUGGACGAGUUGAAUUUAAGUGGAAGCAAUAUUUCUUGUUUACCCAAAAGCAUCAAACAACUCUUACACCUUCAGUGUCUGGACUUACAAUUCUGUCAGAAUCUUAACGAACUGCCAGGAGAACAGCUACCUCCAAAUUUAACGGAUCUAUAUUUAGAUUAUCAUUUGUUCUUGAAGAGCAUCAGAGAUCUAGUAACUAAGUGUCUUAAGCUGCAUGUGCUGUCAGUAUCAUGGUGUGGUCAUGAAAAAUCUGAAUGUGGAACUGUCUCGAUGAGCCAAGUUAACGUGUUGAAGUCCCUACAACAGUUAAUCAGGACAUGCAUACAGUGUGACUUCCACCAAAGGGAUUUUUUUCUCACUUCUUUUCCUGAAGUCAGAAGUCCAGAGUUGUUCCAUUUCCAGUUUAUAAAUAAAUAUCAGAUCUCAAUCGAUCUGAAUCCAUCUUGGUAUACCGAUAAAUUCAUGGGUUUUACCAUAUGUUACGGUGAUAAUACAACAUAUGUGAGUGUAGUAGCUACAUUGGUCUGCAAAUCUGACCCUGAACGAAAACAUUCCUUGAAGUAUGUCAUCAAGUGUUGGCUCAAGUCGUCUGUCAUGUGUUUCAUCUACAUACCAUUGUGGCACGCUUUUGGCAAUAAAGAAGGGAAGAAUCCAAAUGAUUAUUACCUUUUUGAGGUAUCUUCAGAUCUCAGAAAGGAAUUAUGUUGGGGAAUUCGCCUCGAGUAUGAGAAUAAAAAUAAGAGAUGGAGAAGGAAGCAACGAGCGACGCAAGGUCCCAAACUCUUUCCAGUUCUGCCAAAAGAUACUGCUGAGUAUGACAUUGCCACAGAUAGGGGACUGUGUUUAGGAUACGAGGAAAAUGCGCUAGAGGUGGAUCAAGCAGCAAUGAACGCUCAAAAGGAACAUAAUUCUCAGAACGUUGAGCUGAUUGGAGUUUGCGGUAGCCCAUCGAGGAAAAUGGACGAUGUUUCGAGAAAGAGAAAGAGGAAAAGAAAUAGAAAGAAGAAGAGAAAGGUAGCAGCUGCGACAGAUGAGCGCAGUUUGCAUGACAAAAGGGUUACCUAAACGAGAAAAUUAUGGUUAGACGCCUUGAUGAUAUCUUUAAAUUUUCGGGUUCAUGUGUAUUUUUGCACUUAAUAUCAUGUUCCUUGGUUGUAGGAAGCAUCAGAUUGCUUGUUUAAUUACGCUAUUUAUAUCAAACUUAAGCAGGAAAAAAACACAUCAUUUGUUUGAAAUCUUGUUACAUCUAAUGGAAGCAAUUUUGACCAUA